AUGGAGAUGGUGCAGAACGCAUACCGGGUGCACAUCCCGGACACUUACACUGCGGUACAGAAGUCAGAGCGGACAGUGCUGAAGCGACAGCGCUGCGCCAGUCCCGAGCGUCUCCGGUGCACGCGCAGGCUGAAUUUUGGGGCUCUCGGGGUCGCGGUCGGGAUGGGUCCGACUCAGCAGCCGGUGGCGGUGGCGCGGCGCAACGAGCGCGAGAGGAAUCGCGUGAAGCAGGUCAACAUGGGCUUCCAGACGCUCCGGCAACACGUUCCCAACGGCGCCGCCAACAAGAAGAUGAGCAAAGUGGAAACCUUGCGCUCUGCAGUGGAGUACAUCCGGGCCCUCCAGAGGCUUUUAGAUGAGCACGACGCCGUGUCCACGGCUUUCCGCUGCGCAGUCCCGUCACCGACAGUCUCCAGCGGGUGCUCAUCGGGUCCCGAGUCCCCCCGGUCCGCAUGCUCCUCUGAUGAAGGAGGUUAUGAGCAGCUGAGCUCAGAGGAACAAGUACUGCUGGACUUUGCUGCGUGGUUCGACGGCUUCUAGUGACAGGAAACCAAAUGGGCAUUCUUGCCUGUACAGGUGCUGAGAAGGACAGCAGUUUCAG